AACGUGGAGGAGACAGAGAGAGAGAGAGAGGGCAAGGGAGAGGGAGAGGGAAAGGUCCAACAGUGUGGAGGCAGACAGGCCCGUCCAGAUCAGCAGUGCCUCUGCCGAGCCUGAAAACUACCUCACUAUCCCCGUCAAGUCUCACUACACCAGCGCCAAGCAAGCCGCCGUGUCUGCCGAUGGUGGCUAUGAGAAUACAGCCAUUUAUACCUUCACCACCACGGGCGCCAAGACCCAGACGGCCAGCCCACCUGGUCACGGCGGCGUCCGGAAGCAGGAAGAGACCCGACAGUCCCCACAGAAACGCUCCACCAUCGUCAUAGAUACGAGAGCCCAGGACACGUUAACCGCCACGAUCUACCACAUGCCCAUGGCUCAAAGCAUGGCGUCUGCCCAACUUCAGAUGUACUGCUUCUCCCCGACCAUGGCCCCACAAGCCGUGCCCCACACUCAGAGAAAGAUGCUCUUUGACCCCAGCACAGGGAACUACUACCUGGUGGACACCCCUGUCCAGCCGGCCACCUGCCGCCUCUUCGACCCCGAGACGGGCCAGUACGUGGAAGUGCCCAUCUCCCAACAGCCCAUGUCCCCCGUGCCCAUGUCCAUGCCCCAAAUGCCGCCCGUGCCCAUGUCCAUGCCCAUCUCGCCCUUAGCCCUGAGCCCCAGAUCCUACGGCCCCACCUACACGAUCUACCCAGGUUUUAUGCCCAGGGGUUCUCCAAUGGGAAGCAGCCAAUGAUCAGCAUCACCUCCCAGCAGGGGCCCUGCAUCAUCGCCCCGCCCUCCUUCGAUGGGACCACCAUGAGCUUUGUGGUGGAGCGUAGGAGUGACUUUUGAUGUUUCCAGAUGUGUUCUGGACCGUCCAGUGCCACUAAUCCUAUCGUCUGGACUUUAUAGUUCAUGCAUCCAUCACGGUCAUCACGGUCAUCAUGGUUAUUAGUCAUUUCAACAGACAUAGAAUUGUUAUUGCCUCACCCUUCUCUGAAGUAGAUUACCAUCCCCUUCUUCUAAUCUUAACACCUCUGUGUUAAACUUGGGAGUUUGGUUGACAUUUUAAAUAGUUAAAAAAUAUCCACUGGUUAAAGAGAUCAUUUUGGAGUUUGGCUAUGAGGCCCUUCAUCUACUGUACCAGAAUCAGAUGAACCCGUAGAUACCAUUGUUAUGUCUCUGUGUCCAGUAUGAAGGAAGUUAGAGGUAGUUUCGCUAACUAAUGCUAACUAGCGUUAGCACAAUGACUGGAAGUCUAUGGGUAUCAUCCUCUAACUUCCUUCAUACUGGAUACAAAUCCCAAAGUACCCCUUUAAUAAAAGCAUUUUUUUUUUA